AUGGCAGGCAUUGCCGAAGCUUCCCCAUACAUGGACUGCGGUCCAGACUUCGCCAAUGCAGGUCACACUUCGCUCCCGUUCCCGCCAGCUGAUCGGGAGGGCACCUCGACCACGAUCUGGCCCAACCUGUGCCACAGCUCGACAGGUCUAGAACACUCAAAUGUCUUCUUGCCUACCUUACCCUGGCAAAAUGCCGAAUGGGAUAUUUCACAGGGCUUUCUCAAAUAUCCCGAUCCAAGCUCCAAUAGCCCUCCCGCUGAAAGCGUUACGUCUAGAAGCGAAAGCUCUCUAAGCGCCGGUAUGAUAUGGGACUAUCAGAACGACCAACUCCCACAGGGCCGUGAAUACAGCCCUUCAACAACAGCAAGCUCAACAUCCGACCAUCUCACAACCAUCAAACCUUCAUCACUACAUUCAUUCAAUGAGCCUUCAACGUGCACGAAGCCAAAAAAGACUCGAAAAUCAUCAGUUGAAGAGGGAGGCGUCACAAAAAGGCCUCGCCGGACCAAGUCACCUGAAGAACAAGCAGCAAGCCGCGCGCGCAUUCGGGAGAAGAAUCGCGUCGCCGCGGACAAGUGCCGUGGCAGACAACGAGUCGCGGUCGAAAAGCUAAGCUCAAGGCACGAUGCCUUGGAAGAUGAAAAUCGGCAGCUUUCGCAGAUUUUGAAGGACCUGGUGGCAGAGCGGAUUGUCCUGAAGAAUAUGCUGCUGGAGCAUGGAAGCUGUGGGUGCGAAUUAAUUGAGGGCUAUUUGCGAGACAGCGCGGUGCGAUGGGUGAAGCAGGUAGAAUCACAGUCUAUUAAUGUAGAAGCAGCCUGA